UAUUCAUCCUCAGAGAGACGCUCCUGCCUCGUCCAGUCCACACAGGGGUUGAUUUCUGUUACUUACAAGCACCGAACCACUUUGAGAAGCAAACAGGAUUAACUUCAGCCGCUUUGACUGAAAGAUUUGGACGAUUUUGUUGCUUUUCUUCUUGUUGUUUUUGGAGACAAAAUGCGCCUCAUCCAGAACAUGAGCACCAUUGCGGAGUAUCCAGCACCUGAAUACUCGGUGCCCAACCGGGUCAUUAAAAUAGCUGUGAUAGGAGGCAGCGGAGUGGGAAAAACAGCACUCGUGGUGAGAUUCUUAACAAGGCGCUUCAUUGGAGACUAUGAGAGAAAUGCUGGUAAUCUCUACUCCAGAGAAGUCCAGGUAGAUGGAGAGCAAGUGAUCAUCCAGGUUCAGGACACUCCUGGUGUGGAGAUGACUGAUAAUGGUAUCGGCCUGCCUGACCAUGUGACCUGCUCCGUGCAGUGGGCUGAUGCAGUGGUGUUGGUGUACUCGGUGACGGACCGUCGCAGCUUCGACUUGAUUGAUCAACUGCACCAGGUGGUCGCCCGUACCGGCGGAGCCAACGUGCCUCCGGUGAUCCUUCUGGCCAACAAGGCCGACCUGCUGCACCUGAGGAGGGUCGACUCCCAGCAGGGCCCCUUGCUGGCGGGAACUCUGGGCUGCUCCUUCUAUGAGGUGUCAGCCAGUGAGGACUACAACCAGGUGCACGGUGCCUUCCACAGGUUGUGCUGCCAGCUGGCCAAGCAGCCGCCGCCCGCCUCCAGCUCCUCGCAAACCUCCGCCAGUGGUGCCACGGAGAAGAGGCGCUCGCCUCUCAUCCCCAGGCCAAAGUCUCCCAACAUGCAAGACCUGAAGAGGCGCUUCAAGCAGGCGCUGUCGGCCAAAGUCAGGACUGUCACCUCGGUGUGAGGAGGAAGAGGAAAGAAGAAGCUGGUCCAGAGUAGGCCACAGAAAGAAUGAAAGCAUUGAAGGUGGAAAAGAGAACGGAGAAGAUUCACACUUCUCCAGUUGUGUCCUGUAGCAGCCUGCCUGAGGACGGCAGGUAUGGGGUGAACAGUGGGAGCUUGUGUACAGCGGGGGGAGGGGGGAGGAGGACGGACGACAACGACCUGAAGGUGGGCAUGAGUCUGUCCUGUCAGAUAAUGUGUGAAGAGAAGCAGUGAGGAGGUUCAUCUUCUGCUCAGGGUGAAGAAAAGAACACCUGAGGAUACAGGAGCAGCUGACCAAGGCUGUCUGAAUCACAAACUCUGUGUUUAAAAAAGAAACUGUAAAUCAAGCUCUCCUGGCAACAGCAGUGUUGAAGGACUGCUUAUUUUUAGCUGUACUGCCCAUUGUGGUGGCUCUUUAUUCAUGGCUCUGCUAAAUGCUGCCAUUAUUGCACCAACCACUAAAGCCAGGGCUCUGUGCAGCCACGUGUGUGUGCUCAUUCUUUUUUUUUUUUUGUCAAUAUCUGCAGUUUUUGUAUUUUUUGCAGCUUUUAGAACCUUGACAUGAUGUGAUGAGGGGCGGGGCAGCAGUAUGUAGCAUGCGUUGGUUAUUAUCACUGAUGCACUUUAUAUAUUAAAAAGAAAAAAAAGGAAAACUCCAAAGGGCCUGUUGUUAUUUAUUUGUUAUACAUUGACUUUUGUGCACAAUAAAAUGAUGAGUUUGAACUGAAAA